ACACCUAGCACUAGUUUUAAGUGUGAACAUGCACCGACACUACACUAGUUAUCUCUUGGUCAAAUUACUCAUCUACAACCCCUCUUUAUAGUAUGGAUAAAGUAAAAAUAAAAAUCCUAACUCUAUACCAAGUGUCCCACAACUCCUUCGACACUUAUGAUAUGAAGACCUUCGUCUUUUGAUUCAUCUUUUCCAGUCGUCGCUUCAAGUUCUGAUCUGAGGGAUUGUUUUCGCUUGUUGGAGUGUAGCUCCCUGCAUUGUGACCUAACUUACCAUUUGUUCUGCAAAACACAUGUUAGUCACAAAUAAUCUCAUGUUGUCAUUAAUCACUAAAACUAACUAGUGCUCUAGAUGCUUUUAGAAGGCUACUAGGCUGAGUAAUUGGCCCAGGCGCAGCCGCGCAGGUAAGGGCAGGGGCGAAGCCAGGAUCUAAAAUUAGGGGGACCAAAUUAGAUUAGGGGGGCUAUUAGAAGUAUUUUUUGCACUAUUUACAUGAGAAUUAGUUAAAAAACUAACAUAUCCUAUAGAUUUAGGGGAGCAUUAGGGGGGACAUUGCCCCCUGUCGUCGCCCCUGGGUAAGGGUUUUCUCCUUUUGUUUUCCAUUUCUAUUUUCUUAUUUUAAUUCACAAAACCAAAUUCAAAUACAAUUAUAUGUUUAAGAUUGCAAUAUUAAGUGCACAAGCAAUAAAAUUCCAACAUGAUGCAAUAUAUAAAGAACCCAACAUGAGAUGCAAGUCAUGUUUAUUUUAUAUGUUAAUUAUUUAUUUAGGGAUAUGCUUAAACCAUGGAACACAUACACAAUUCUUUAUAGGAAUAUAGUAUUUUGAAUGUGUAAUAUAAUUGUAAGUUAAUUCAAAAUUAAUAUCCAUUACUUAUUUACUUUGAGGAACUUAACAUAUAGCCUUUACCAAGGUUUACUUUAAUUCAUAUAAGAAAUCUUUUUUUAAUUUUUUUAUUAUAGAACCUAUCUAUUUUUGAAGAAGUGGCUCCAAAGAUAAGAGAUUCUUGUUUUAAAACACAUUUUCAAUUCAAAAAUUUUAGAUGAUUUUAUUAUGUUUCCAAAAUAAGAUUUUAGGUGUUACACAGAAUCAGAAAAAAGCUGAAACAAAUACGGUCCUUAUUUGCCGCUCGUUUUCCCUGCAUAUCAGUUUGUUUUAGUUUUUGUGUAACCGUAUAUUCACAACUGUUCUCGUUUCCACUGUCCUGUUUUCAGUAAAAAAAAAUAAUAACAGAAAUGGAAGAAAGUUUUUUCGGACGGUUUUCGUCCGUUUUCAUCUCUUCGGAACAGUGGAUCCCUCCCCUCGUUCACCCCACACGUGUCUGGCUCCAGAGCCGUGGUUACGAAACGCUCCACUCCGCUCCGCUUUCCCAGUUCCGGCCACCGAGCAUGGCACCACCCCUUCCCUCCGUCUCCCGUGGUUCGCGGGCGCUCGUCCAAGCAUCCAACCCCAGCUCCGUGCGUCGCGGCGCGACCACCGGACCUAUAAGUACGGAACGCUCAUGUCCGCCUCUUGCUUUCCUACCUCUCCGCCCCCGUUGCCUCCCACCGCCGAGACGACGCGGACUUCGUACCCUCUCACCGACGUGUGCGCCGCUGUCUUCCCCGGCACUCACUGCUGCUGGUUCGGCUCCCGAACCUUCGUCGACUCCGCAUUUCUGAACAGGAUUUUUCAUACAUUCCAAUAACCUCCUAAUUGUCCGAAGGUGUCAUAUGUGACGAGAGAGCACAGAUGUCUCUAGAAGUUGAGAAGCCACCAGAAACGACCAAGCAGCUCAAGCGACAGGAUUCACUCUAUGGUGAUGCAGAAAAGGUCUCCGGCUUCAAGCACCAUGGCUCUGAGGGAGGCUGGCCGCGGUUGCUGCAGCUUGCAUUUCAGAGCAUUGGCAUCAUCUAUGGGGACGUCGGGACAUCACCACUCUAUGCGAUAUCCAGCACCUUCCCUGAUGGCAUCAAGGACCAGGAUGACCUACUUGGCGUCCUCUCCCUCAUCCUCUACACCCUAAUCCUGAUACCAAUGGUCAAGUACGUCUUCAUUGUGCUUUAUGCAGAUGACAAUGGAGAUGGUGGCACGUUCGCCCUCUACUCACUUAUAUCGCGGCACUCCAAGGUAAGGCUGAUACCAAAUCAGCAGGCUGAGGAUGCCAUGGUGUCAAAUUAUGGCAUCGAAGCGCCCAGUCCGGAACUGAGGGUGGCACAGUGGCUGAAGCAGAAGCUCGAGUCUAGCAAGGCGGCAAAGAUUAGCCUCUUUAUCAUUACAAUCCUUGGCACAUCAAUGGUGAUGGGGGAUGGAACCUUGACACCAUCAAUUUCUGUGCUCUCUGCAGUGAGUGGGAUCAGGGAGAAGGUGCCAAGCUUAACUGAAACGCAGGUAGUCUGGAUCUCAGUGCCGAUUUUGUUCGCGCUCUUCUCGGUCCAGCGCUAUGGUACAGACAAGGUCGGGUAUUCCUUUGCUCCGAUCAUCACACUAUGGUUUUUUCUUAUUGCUGGCAUUGGAAUGUAUAACCUCAUUGUGCACGAGAUCGGUGUUCUCCGAGCCUUCAAUCCAAUGUACAUAGUGGAUUACUUCAGAAGGAAUGGGAAGGAUGGAUGGGUUUCACUGGGUGGCGUUAUCUUGUGUGUCACAGGCACAGAAGGAAUGUAUGCAGACCUAAGCCAUUUCAAUAUCAAGGCCAUUCAGAUCAGCUUUAGCACUGUCUUGCUCCCCUCCGUGGCACUGUGUUACAUCGGACAGACAGCUUACCUGAGGAAAUUCCCAGAGAGUGUCGCAGACACUUUCUUUAGAUCCAUCCCAGAGCUAAUGUUCUGGCCAACCUUCAUUAUCGCCAUCCUUUCGGCUAUCAUCGCAAGCCAAGCCAUGCUGUCAGGCGCAUUCGCCAUCCUCUCCAAGGCUUUGUCUCUUGGCUGUUUCCCCAGUGUCCAGGUGAUUCAUACAUCCAAGAGCUACGAGGGCCAGGUUUACAUUCCUGAAGUGAACUUUUUGAUGGGAUUAGCAAGCAUCAUCGUCACGAUCACCUUCAGAACCACCACCGAAAUCGGCAACGCUUAUGGGAUCUGUGUGGUAACCGUGUUCUCGAUCACCACCCACCUGACGACCAUUGUGAUGUUACUCGUGUGGAGGAAGAAUUUCAUCAUCGUCUUGCUUUUCUACGUGGUGUUCAGCUCCAUAGAGCUGGUCUACCUCUCAUCCAUACUGACCAAGUUCAUCCAAGGCGGGUACCUGCCGUUCUGCUUCUCGCUUGUCCUCAUGGCCUUGAUGAUCACAUGGCACUACGUCCACGUGAUGAAGUACUGGUACGAGCUGGACCACGUCGUGCCAGCCAACGAAGUGACAACGCUGCUUGAGAAGCAUGAGGUGCGGCGGAUCCCCGGGGUGGGCCUCCUUUACUCGGACCUGGUCCAAGGCAUCACCCCCGUGUUUCCACGUCUGGUGCAGAGGAUACCCUCCGUGCACGCGGUCUUCCUGUUCAUGUCCAUCAAGCACCUGCCGAUCCCACACGUGGCCCCUGUGGAGCGGUUCCUCUUCCGGCAGGUCGGCCCGAGGGAGCACCGGAUGUUCCGGUGUGUGGCGAGGUAUGGGUACUGUGACAAGCUAGAGGAGUCGGGGCUGUUCAAAGGGUUCCUCAUGGAGAGCCUAAAGACGUUCAUCCAAGAUGAGGCUGCGUUUAAGACGAACUCUACAGCUGGAGAUACCAAGGAGCUGACCGAUCCCAAGGUGUCUGGCCAUGAUUUGGCUCGUUGGGUCGAAAAGGAAAAGCAAAUGAUUGACAAGGAGAUGGAGCGAGGGGUGGUCUACCUUAUGGGGGAAGCCAAUGUCAUUGCAGGACCAGAAUCAUCUGCCGCAAAGAAGAUAGUGGUAGACUAUGUCUACGCAUUCUUGAGGAAGAACUUGACGGAGGGGGAGAAGGUGCUCUCCAUUCCGAAAGACCAACUACUCAAAGUAGGGAUAACAUACGAGAUAUAGGGAUUAUGCUGGGCCUCAAGUUACAAUCCUAUGUAUCAACUUGGCCUGAAGUCAUAUAAAGUUUAUGUAUAUCGAGAGAUUCAAGAUUCAAUGUAAAUUAUUCAAUUUUAUUCCUUCCACAUGGUAUCUAUGAAAUCGAUCUCAGCAGGGGCUAUGUCCUUGUUAAGCCAA